CGCCGCAGGCUGCCCGGCGCUCGGCUGGCCGCCCCGGAGCGCCAGCGCGGGAGUGAGGCGGGGGCCGGCCAGGCGGCGGCCAUGGACCGCUUCGUGUGGACCAGCGGCCUCCUGGAGAUCAACGAGACCCUGGUGAUCCAGCAGCGCGGGGUGCGCAUCUACGACGGCGAGGAGAAGAUUAAAUUUGAUGCCGGGACCCUCCUUCUUAGUACACACCGACUGAUUUGGAGAGAUCAGAAAAAUCAUGAGUGCUGCAUGGCCAUUCCUCUUUCCCAAAUCGUGUUCAUUGAAGAACAGGCAGCUGGAAUUGGGAAAAGUGCCAAAAUAGUGGUUCAUCUGCACCCAGCUCCUUCUAACAAAGAACCUGGCCCAUUCCAGAGCAGUAAGAACUCCUACAUCAAGCUCUCCUUCAAAGAACAUGGCCAGAUUGAGUUUUACAGGCGUUUAUCAGAGGAAAUGACACAGAGAAGAUGGGAGAAUAUGCCGGUUUCCCAGUCAUUACAAUCAAAUCGGGGACCUCAGCCAGGAAGAAUAAGGGCUGUAGGAAUUGUAGGUAUUGAAAGGAAACUGGAAGAAAAAAGAAAAGAAACCGACAAAAACAUUUCUGAGGCCUUUGAAGACCUGAGCAAGCUAAUGGUCAAGGCUAAGGAAAUGGUAGAGCUGUCAAAAUCAAUUGCUAAUAAGAUUAAAGACAAGCAAGGCGACAUCACAGAAGAUGAGACCAUCAGGUUUAAAUCCUAUUUGCUGAGCAUGGGAAUAGCUAACCCAGUUACCAGGGAAACCUACGGCUCGGGCACCCAGUACCACAUGCAGCUGGCCAAACAGCUGGCUGGAAUAUUGCAGGCGCCUUUAGAGGAACGAGGGGGAAUAAUGUCCCUCACGGAGGUGUACUGUUUAGUAAACCGAGCUCGAGGAAUGGAAUUGCUCUCCCCAGAAGAUUUAGUGAAUGCCUGCAAGAUGCUGGAAGCACUGAAAUUACCUCUCAGGCUCCGGGUCUUUGACAGCGGCGUCAUGGUCAUUGAACUUCAGUCCCACAAGGAGGAGGAAAUGGUGGCCUCAGCCUUGGAGACGGUUUCAGAAAAGGGAUCCCUGACAUCAGAAGAGUUUGCCAAGCUCGUGGGCAUGUCUGUCCUCCUGGCUAAAGAGAGGUUGCUUCUUGCCGAGAAGAUGGGCCACCUUUGUCGAGACGAUUCAGUGGAAGGCUUGCGGUUUUACCCAAAUUUGUUUAUGACACAGAGCUAAGAGUUCUGUGUUGGAAAUCCUUGUCAUCCGUAUACUUGCAUUAUGUGGAGGUUGUAUGACCUUGCGCUAAGGGUAAACCCUGAUAAACUGAGAGUUACUGGAAGUUCACAGUAUACGAUAAAGCCCUUUGAAUCUCUCCCUAAAUAUUAUGAUCCAGGAAGCUUCUUUAGGAUAAAUAUAGGAAAAUACAGGAAAAUGAAUGCCACUAUGAAUUCAAAAUCUCACUACAGUUGUAUAGAAACCCUCAGAAUUGAACUUGAAAAAAAAAAGAAUUCAACUUGAAAUACGGUGGAUUUUAACUUGAUCUUCAAGUCCAACCAUUUUUUAAAGAAGAGUAUUUAUUUCAUUCAUGGGGGUUGCAUGUUUGGGCAGGUUGGAUCAUUAUUUUGGUGUUGCUAAAAUUCACUGAAUUAUAAAUGAAGUUUUUCUCUGCAUUUAAUGCGCCCAUUUGCGGGGGCGGGGGGUGGUGUCAUGAAGCAAUUUACACCUACAGCGUAGUUUAAGAACCUGAAACAUUGGAGCAAAAUACCCAACUGUAGGAUGUCAUAUGAGGCUCCUCCAAGGGCUUUUAGAAGCAGCCAUAGGCAGGCCUUCAACAACCAAAUAAAGCACCUUUAAAAAGGAGAGAAUUGUAUUUGACUUACAUACACAUAACCUGACUAGUUUCUUUCUUUUUUUUUUAAAGCAAUGAUUUCAUGGUUGGCAUUUAAAGAAUGCAACCAUGUCAUUUGAUUUAAAAACUGCUGUGGCUUUUGAAAGUGAAUUAAAGAGCUGUACAGACAUGCCCAGAGAUAUGGUUGCAGAUUUGGGAAGUGGACUGGUCCGGAUUUCCCGAGGAUUGCAGGGGGGAGAGGCCGGGAGAACCUUCAAGCAGCUUUACCAGAACCUUGGUGCUCUUACACCUCAAAGCCCAGGACAGGAAAGUAGACUGCGGUCUUCCUUUCCUUCCUUCAGAAGGCGCUUCAAGGCUGAACUUUUAAAAAUCUUUCUCUCAUAUUCCAGCAAUAUUUCUUUCCUUGACCCCACACAGUAGCGGCUGUGUGGAGGAGCUCACUGGAGAGUGGUACUGAGAGAGCAACCCGGCUCAUCUGGAGCUGGGAUGGCGGAGUUUUGCGGACCUCCUGACUCUGUUCCUGCCACGCAGCGACCAGCACGCUGGCAUCACCUCCAACUCAGGGACCCCACAGCGGUGGGAGGAGAGCCCCUUUCUCAGACUGAAUUGGCACUGGGAGGUAGUCAUGGGUUUCGGCCAAGCCUCUAGAAGCGAUGGCAUCUGUCCCGAGAGCCAUUCAGACCCGGAGGACAGGAGACCGGGGCGCAGACUCUGGGACCCCUGAGGCGUCCUCAUUAAGAGGCGGAGGGCCACCUCCGGGCCACCGCAAAUGCCCUUUGGGGAAGCUCCAGGGACCCUCAGCUGCAGACCCGGGGAACCCAUCCAAGUGCGGCCAGAGGCGGUCCCUCAUCCCUGCCCCAUCCCGCUUCACCUCCUCCAGCGUCAUGGGCGUGGUGUGGCCGAGGCGUCCUGCCUCUGCCUUCAUUUUCCAAACCUGUCACCGGUUCCCCGGCGUGACAGAUCCCCUCAUUCCCCCAUCGCACAGCCUCAGGUUUGUUCUGGGGGUGAUUCAGGGUCUGGCUGCCCGUGUCUUUCGGGCCAUUGUGUGUGGUUGGUUGUGUAUCACUCUCUGGGGGAUGCGCUCUCUCUCACACUGCUCUGGCACACUUGGAUGUGUGCAUGUGUACACACACAGACACACACCCCUCAUCUGACUAAGGUUUUUAAAAAUUAUAAAAAUAAUCUGUUUCACCAGUUGGACUGCGUUGCAGCUGAAAUUGUUUUGAGCUACUGGGUCUAGCUCUAGUGGUUUGGAUCUAUGAUAGCAAACUCUCAUAAUUCAGCAUAUUUAUUUACACUGGUGUGACAACACAUUAACAAAAACAGAGCCGUCUGAACUGUGUGAAGUGAACUAAAGUGGAAGAAAAGCGAUGUGGGUAAAUUUUGCAAAUGUCACAUUACUUAAAAAAGGAGUAUGACUGAUUUUAUUGUUUUAAACUGGGCAUUCUUCACUGUUUCCAGACCUCUGUAUGUAUAACUUUAUCCAUUUUGUUUUGUUUUUGCCAAAUUAGGUGUCAUUUUGGUCUUUUGUUGGUAGAGGUUAUAUUUAAAUACAACCAAUCAGGCCCUGAGUGCAAAAAAAGGUUUUGUCUUGGUGCUUAUUGCCGUUACAAUUAUUAUUUUUGCUUUUCUAACGUUGCUCGUAGGAGCAUAAAUCUGUUUGUAGCUUUAUGGAAAUGGAAUAUUUUCAGUCACAUACUGUCAGAUUUUUUACAUUGCACAAGUGAAGAAUGUUUUCAGGGUUAAAUGACUGGUAUUAAUGUAUAUAAAGGUAUUGCAAAAUUUAAAAAAUGAUUUUUCUUAACUUGGUGUUCUUUUUAAAUGCUCUUUUAAAAAUAUAUGGAAAUGAUAAAACUUUUAGUCAGAAGCAGCCAGUAUGUUAAGAUUUUUUCUUUUAGAUUUUAUAAUUGAGUUGAUGAGAAAUAUUUAUCACCUCAAACUCUUACUAUUUUAGUUGUUUUUUAAGAAUGGGAAAUGGCUCACAAACUGUUUUCUUGUUUUGGGGCUUUUGUUUUUUAAAUUCAUGAUGUGAAUUCCACCGUGGACUGACCGUGUGUAUUUAUGUGAAUGUUCUAUCUCUUGUUCCCCAUGCCCAGACUAAACCCAUCCGAUGUGGAUUUAUCUUGUCAUCAUUCUCAUGCUCAAAUAUUUAAAAUGUUCUCCUUUGCCCAACAACCCCAGAGUUUCCAUUUGGUACAGUAGAGUGUUACAUCUUCCAAGGCAGUUAGGUUUUAAAGGCUGUGACUAAGGCUGGAAUCGAGCAUGCUCAAAACGAUCCUUGAAAAUCUCUUAAAUUGCCAAUAAAGUUCUCUAUGUGAUCUUACGAUUAGAAUGCCUGCAGAGUGAUACAUGGGUGUGAAUAUUUUAUGAAUACAGUAAAUGAAAUAUAUAAAGAAACUACAUAUCAACAGUGGAUUUUUUUUAGCACCAAUAAUUAACUAUUUAAAUGUGUGUCUUUUUUUUUUUUGGCUGAUAGGUAUGGUUGAAUUUAUGUAAAUUUAUUGCUAAUCCCAUCCCUUGUGAUAGAUCUUAAGUGUAAACUCCACAAGGGUAGAGAUUUUUAUCUGCUUUGUUCGUGGAUGUGUCCGAUUAGCCUAGAACGAGGCCUGGCACAGAGUAAGCAUUAAAUAAAUGUCUACCGAAUGGAUGAA